CAACGCUCGCUUGCAUCACACACAAGAACGCACUCGAGCACGUGCCCAAUAAGCAAAGCCCAAGCCAUAUACGGCGAGUCGGCGAUCAGCGUCAGCUAGCUCAAGCUCCGAAUCCAAUCAGGGCGCGCGGCGGCGGCGAUGGCUUCCCUGACGACCGUGCCGACGGCGACCGCGGCGGCCGGCGGCCACAGGGACCAGCGCGAGGGCGCGGAGGUGAUCACGGGCGCGGAGGCCUGCUUCGCGCACUCCAAGGAGAUGCUCCGGGCGCUGGGGUUCCCCGGCGGGGUGAUGCCGCUGCGCGGGCUGGAGGAGUGCGGGUGGGUGCGGGAGACGGGGUUCGUGUGGAUGCGGCAGAAGGCGCCCUACGAGCACUACUUCCGGGGCACGGGCACCCGGGUGCGCUACGACGCCGAGGUCACCGCGUACGUGGAGGACGCCCGGAUGAAGCGCAUGACCGGGGUGCGCAGCAAGCAGGUCAUGCUCUGGGUGCCCAUCGUCGAGAUGAGCCUCGACGGCGAGAAGCGCGACAGGAUCUACUUCAAGUCCAACGUCGGGAUCGGCCGCUCGUUCCCCGCCGCCGCCUUCGCCGACGACGAGGAAGAGGAGAAGAAGGAGAAAGAGGAGGACGGCGGCAAGCCCGCCGAUGAUGGCGCCGAUGCCGUGGAGAAGAAGGAGAAAGAAGAGGACGGCGACAAGCCCGCCGAUGAUGGCGCCGAUGCCGAGGAGAAGGAGGACGCCGCCAGCAAGUGAGAGCGCGGGCCGGCACCGUGGCGUGCGUGAUCACGAGCGGAGAUGCUGAUGCAUGUAUCUUCUCCUUUGUUUGCUUCGUUCUCUAUUGCCUGUGUUUAAUUACCUCGUCGAUACGUGAGGAAUAAUAAUUGAGCAAGUUGAUCCGAUGUUUACACCAAAAA